AUGCCGGCCAAGUGGAGAACCAAGUCCGGCUGCUUGACAUGUCGCAUGAGACGCAAAAAGUGUGAUGAGGAGAAUGGCACGUGUAGAGCCUGUCGUCGAAAUGGCCUGACUUGUAUUUGGCCCUUGAAGGGCGUUGCCAGUGUCGACUCCAGAGCAAUCGCGAACACCUCGACAAAUAUCGAUAUUGCGUCCCAUUGCCUGACCACAUUCCACAAUCGGGCCCAAGAGUCGCUUUUUACGUACUUCUCUUCAAGCGUUCUUCCUCAGCUUCUGAUUCCCGGCACGCCGCGGGCCUCCUGUGAUGGGCUACUGUCGAUGGGCAUUGCGUAUCCGGCCCUCAUGAAUUCGCUUCUUGCUUGCGCCGCAUUAUACCAGCCAGGGACCGCAGAAUCGAAAACGCGUAAUGCCUUGAGAUAUUACUCCAAUGCCCUGGGUAUGACGCGAUCGAUGAUCGAGAAUUCGACACUGGAAGGGACGGAAGACUGGCUGCUGGUUCUCACAUUGAUCAUGUGCAUUUUCGAGAGAGCCCAGCCUGGACCAUCCUGCGGUGCGGAUAGUCAUUUACUUGGCGCGUCACGUAUCAUGACCAUGAAAUUGGAGGCGGCUGCCCAGAGUGACCAAGAUGAACCCGAAACGAUGGCAAUGACAUGCGCUGCAUCCUUGAUAUAUCAUGCCUCAACAACUACAAUUCUGUCUCCAACAACCACGCCAGCCCCCGAUUCAGUAUGCUGGGACCAAGUCCAAGAAUAUCUUGAGUCCACCCAACAAACGGACCUAGCUAUGCCCCCGUCACUGUGUCGCGUGAUAUUGGAAAUAACCCACCUCGCAAGCCGAACCCCGCUGAAUUAUGAUGACCGACUGCUAGUGUGCUCCCUGCGGCUUGAGCUCAGUACGUGGCUGAUUCCGCAGAGUGGCGUCGAUGGAGAAAAUACGGCACCGGGGACGGAUAUUCAAAAGGCAGCAGAGCUCUAUGCCCUGACAGCCGACAUUCUUCUUAUGAAGAUUGCUCAACCUGACAUUCAAGCAGCGGACAGCAAGAUCCAACAGCGUGCCAGGCAGAUUCUGAGCAAUUUGAAAUCGGAUGUUUAUGGAGUCUUCUGGAAUCAGCACUACUCAUGGCCGUUUACGAUGCUUGCAUGUACCGUGCAAAGAGAGACAGAAAUGGUGUUUCUACUCGGCCGGCUCCAAAGAAUGUGGGAGUGCUCACAUUGGGGAGACAUCAAGCGGACUAUCCACCUUUUAACCACAAUUUAUCGACGACGAAAGGCAUCUGGGCAGUUCAACGGCUCAAAUCCUCAAAGCUCGGAGAAAUUUGUUGAACCGUUUGAUCUCUUGCUUCAACCGGAAGGGAUCUCGAGUCUUAUAGCGACAUAA